UCAGAAACCCCCACAAAAUCAUGCAAAUCAAGAGGUUCAAACCUUCCUGCUCACUUUAAGAACACUCAUGGAACUGCCCAGGCUGUCAGGGUAUGCACAUUCGAAAAGCCACCACCUAUCUGAAGGAUGUCACUUUACAGAAGCAGUGUGUGCCAUUCUGUCAUGACAAUGGUGGCAUUGGUAGGUGUGUCCAGAGUAAACAGUGGCCCAAAAACAGUGCUCAAUUUUUGCUGCACAUGCUUAAAAAUGCAGAGAGCAAUGCUGAAAUUAAGGGUUUAGAUGUACAUCCUCUGGUCAUUGACCACAUCCAGGUGAACAAAGCUCCCAAGAUACAGCGCAGAACGUAUAGAGCUCAUGGGCAGGUUAACCCACCCAUGAACUCACCCUGGCACAUGGAAAUGAUCUUGACUGGAAAAGAGCAGAUUGUUCCUAACCCAGAAGAGAAGGCUGCACAGAAGAAAAAGAUAUUCCAGCAGAAACUGAAGAAACAGCAACUAUGGCACGGGGGUAAAUUGACAUAA